UCACCGAAAUCAAGCAAAAGCACAGAGAAUCUCCCACUCUCUCACAGUCACAACUCACAACAGUGUCACCGAUUCAAGAAUUCAAUUGGGGCGCCAAAUACAACCCUAACAAACAGACAAAGAGAAAGAGACAGACACAGUCUUGCUUCUUUUUGAUUCUGAGGCGUUGGUUCGAGUUUGAAGCUUCCAAGUUGCUAAACAUGUCUGAAUGUUGGGUUUCUGAUCCUAGCAAGCUUCACCUGAAGAAGAAGGACCUCACUCAAAUUCGUAAAGCUGCUCGUGUGUUGAGGGAUCCUGGUACGACGUCGUCCUGGAAGUCACCUCUAAGUUCCUCAAGAUCCGUUACUGCUGCUUCUGCUUCUGCAUGGAAGAGCAAUUUCUACAGUGGAAAAGAGAAUGUGUUCUUGUACAACUGGAAGAAUCACAAAUCAUCAGGCGACAACAAGAGUGGACUGGCAAAAAACGACAACGUAGAGGAAGAAGAUGAUGGUGAUGAUGAGGAUGCUGCUGGUGGCACCGGCAACGAUACGUCUUCUUCAUCUCUUCUGGGAAGUUUCGAGGAUACCUUGAGCGAUGCUCGAGGUUGCGAUUCGAAGAGCGACUCUCACUUGCGAGUUGGGAGACGUUCUUCUAUUUUUCGGUGUACAGAUGCUAAUCGUGUUUCUUCGGCCAGAAGAAAAAUGGGCAGUAUCAGGAGAAAGAGUAAGAAAACCAACAGAUACUUGAAUAAUUUGUCAAGAUAUCGGCAACCAGAAACCAAUCUGGGUAGGAAGUUUGUAAAUUCCAAGAUAUUCCCGGAGGACUCAGUUGAACAGUCUGAUGACACUGAAGAUUACAGCAAUUCUGAGGAUUUAAGUCGAAUUUUAGGGUCAUCUCGUUUGCUGUUGAAACUCAAGCGUAGCAAUUGGUCUCGUUCUUCCUCAAAGUUACUGAGAAGUAGCCGAACUGAGGACUCUUAUUAUACUUAUAGCACUCCUGCGUUAUCAACCUGCUCCCAUAAUAGGUAUGGUCACCAUAAUUCAAGUACUGUUGGAUCCUGGGAAGCCACAGCAAGCUCAUUGAAUGAUGGUGAUGAUGAGGUAGACGAUCAUUUGAAUUUUCCUGGCCAGAGGGGAUGCGGUAUUCCUUGCUGUUGGUCCAAGAGGACUCCAAAACAUAGGGGGAUGUGUAGGAGUUGUUAUUCUCCUUCUCUUUCUGAGACUUUGAGGAGGAAAGGAAGUAGCUUAUUCUGUGGAAGUAAAAGUAUCUAUACAAGACACCGAAGGUCCUUAUCAAGCUCUAACAAGUGGAGGGUUUCUUCAAGGAUUGCUCAGGGUGUUCUCCCAUUGCUCCCCAGCAGUGGUGAUGUUAGAGGAGGGUCAUCUGUAGGAAGUGGGAGGAGUGAUGAUGAACUUUCCACAAACUUAGGGGAACUUUAUCUUGAGGGUUUAAGUAGGUUAGAUGGAAGGAGAUGGUCAUCAAGUUGUAGGAGUCAGGAUGGUUUGGGGAUUGUGGCUGUAGAUGGGGAAGGGGAUGAGGAAGGCACACUAGAAAAUGCUAGGAGUUUCAGUCAGAAGUAUAAGCCUAUUUCCUUUGGUGACUUGAUUGGCCAGAAUAUUGUGGUUCAGUCACUUAUGAAUGCUAUUUCAAGGAAUAGAAUUGCUCCUGUUUAUCUUUUCCAAGGUCCUCGUGGUAUCGGUAAAACUUCUACGGCCAGAAUUUUUGCUGCUGCCCUGAAUUGUAUGGCUCCAGAUGUAAAUAAGCCUUGUGGAUACUGCAGGAAUUGCACUGAUCUCAAUUCUGGCAAGAGUAGGGAUUUCUUGGAAGUUGAUGGCACCAAUAAGAAAGGGAUUGAUAGUGUUAGAUAUCUAUUGAAAAGACCAUCAGCAGGAUCACCGUCAACACCCUCACGAUACAACGUAUUUGUGAUAGAUGAGUGUCACUUGCUUCCUUCUAAGACAUGGCUGGCAUUUCUGAAGUUUCUGGAAGAACCACCUAAUCGAGUUGUAUUCAUACUUAUAACAACUGAUCUUGACAAUGUACCACUAACAAUACAAUCUCGAAGCCAGAAGUACCUUUUUAACAAAAUUAAAGAUGCUGAUAUUGUGGCCAGAUUGACGACACUAUCUGCUGAGGAGAACCUGGAUGUUGAAAAAGAUGCACUGGACCUUAUUGCUAUGAAUGCAGAUGGUUCACUUCAAGAUGCAGAAACUAUGUUAGAACAACUGAGUUUGUUGGGGAAGAGAAUAACUACAUCACUUGUCAAUGAACUUGUGGGUGUUAUCUCGGAUGAAAAAUUACUAGAGCUGUUGGAGUUAGCAAUGUCAUCAGAUACCACAGAAACAGUGAAGAGAGCCAGAGAAGUGAUAGAUUCCGUGGCUGAUCCAAUGGCUUUGAUAUCACAAAUGGCAUGCCUCAUUAUGGACAUCAUUGCAGGAUCAUAUGCUGUCAUUGAUACCAAACCUAGUGAUUCGUGUUUUGGUGCACGAAGUUUGAAUGAAUCAGAGUUGUGGAGGUUAAAGCAUGCUUUGAAGCUGCUCUCAGAGGCUGAGAAACAGUUCAGGACUUCUAGUGAACGCUCAACAUGGUUCACAGCCACUCUGUUACAGCUUGGUUCAAUGCCUUCACCAGAUCUUAUCCAGUCAGGCAGCAGCAGGAGACAGAGCUGCAAGACUUCUGAAUAUGAUCCAUCAAGUGCUUCAAGAGAGGUUACUGUUCCGAAGCAUAGUUCAGAUGUCAGAUAUAUUUCUCGAAUGUCAACAUCCCCUACAUCACAGCAGCGACCUGUGAAUGGCAAUUCCAGACAUCAAAGGGAUGUGUCGUCUAAAUCAGAUGGUUUCAGCUUGAGUUCAAAGCCAUCAAGUAGUCCUGUUCUAGGAGAUGAUGAUGCAACACCUGCUUCAUCUGAUGAUCUUAUUAUUGGGAAUAUGAUGUUAAGAUGUGUAAAUUCAGGGAAAUUACAUGAUAUCUGGGCUAGUUGUAUAGGGAGGUGUCACUCUAAGACAUUGAGGCAGCUGCUUCACAAUCAUGGAAAACUAGUAUCUAUUUGUGAAGUUGAAGGUUUUCUGGUUGCAUAUGUUGCAUUUGGAGACAGAGAUAUUAAAAUUAGGGCUGAAAGGUUUUUGAGUAGUAUUACAAAUUCAAUGGAAAUGGUACUCAGGUGCAACGUGGAGGUUAGAAUUAUUCACUUGCUUGAUGAUGAAGGUGAAAAUUUAACUGAUAUCAGACAGGCAGGAUCAACAAUGGGAAGUGAGAAGUUAAGAAAAGGAAGCCAUACAAAUGAAAAGGGUAGUCAUUCUCGCUUUCCUCCUUUGCUGGAUGAAAACUUGCAAGCUGUCAUUGGUUCAUCAGAUUCUAUGGCUGAGAGAACCGGUGUGAGAGAGGAUGAACAGGUAAUUCCUGCACAAAGAGUUGAAUCUAUUAUACGUGAGCAGAGGCUGGAAACUGCUUGGCUACAGGCUGUAGAAAAAGGUUCACCAGGAUCAUUGAGUCAUGCAAGACCUGAGAAGAAUCAGGUCCUGCCUCAGGAAAAUGUUAUCUGUAAAGACCUAAUAGAGUCCAUUGAUUCAACAAGGUUUUCCUCUCAGCAUCGGGAAGAUGACCUUCAUCAUGAAGUCAAAGUUUUGAAAGUUAAACAUGGAAGGAUCCUACAAAAUGGAGCCCGAUGCCCCAUGUCCCCAAGUUUAUUGCACGGUAGCAGUUUAGCAAAGAAUUCCAGCAAAGACAAUCUGGGAUAUGAGUCAGGUUCCGGAGCUGGAGGUUGCAUAGGACUUAUAUGUUGGAACAAUUGCAAGCGGAGAAGAGUAAAGGUGCGAACACAAAAUGCUGGGCAUUUUACAUUAUUUAGUGAGUGUGGUAAGUCAAUGAAAAAGGAGAUCAAGAGGUAAGGAAGGAGAUUCAUCAAGCAUGUUCUUGGGACAAAUCAUCAAAAUUUUUGUAUGCCUCAUUCUUCAAGAAUGUGAGUGGGCAAUUGUAAAUGUUAUGUGGUCCGGUUCCAUUGUACCUUUUGAUUCAUAAUUUAUAUUUUGAUCCAUAAUUUAUCGAAGAAAUUCAUAAUCAUGGACAUUAAAAGCCUUUA